GCAUACAUUCCGAGUUGUGCCGACUGUCAGUCGUCUCGUCAUGCAUAAGAUGGAAGCCCAAAAGUCACAGUGGAGAUGCUCCGGGACGUUGAAGCCAGUGUGGCCUGGUGGGUCGGGUGAUUGUCGUCUGACACGGAUGGAGUUGGGUGUCUCCCUCACCAGCCGCUGCAGGUACGCUUCAUCUUGUGCUGGCCCUGACUCAGCAUGAGUAACCUGAUGGUGACACCUCUGUCUGGACGGCUUGUCAACGAGGCGAGGCUGGAUCAUAGCAAGUGGCUUCUCUGGUCACAUGUAGGUGGAAGUGGGAUUACUCAGGCCUUUCGUGGGAGACUUUCAAUGGAGCGUCUUGAUGCUCAACAGCACUUUGGAGCCCUCUCUCUACUCAAGGUACACACAGUACAUCCGCUGCAGACCCCGCAUUGUUAUCGACGCUUAUAAGCUGCUUCCAACAUGGUUUCUGACAAAUCAGUUGGGUCAGCAUGGUCGAGGCCAUCAUGUUGCUCAUUCACACUGUCAAUGUCUACCCUUGGCUCGUCUGGUCUACUGCGCUUCAGUCCCACUCAUCGAUGCGGAGGCAAAGACGAUGCAGCAGGCGAAAAGAAAGCGAGUCGUGCUCUGGAAGCCUACAUCCGAUUAUUGCAAGACAUGCCGCAAACGGAAGAUCAAGUGCGACGGGCUGCGGCCAUAUUGUCAGAAAUGUCUGCGCUCCGGCAUCACUUGCGAGGGAUAUAGUAGCUGGGAAGUGGCAUUUCGAGACAAUCACAGCGACAAGGCUCUCGUCCGAACGACCGCCGAACCCCAGCCCGAAGCCAUGAUCACUGCAGAAGCCGUUCACCGUGCCCAAAUGCUCGCCGCUUUUAUUCAAGAUCGCUACCCGGCACAUAAGGAGUCUCUCGGGCCGUACGCGCCUCAUACCAACGAGUCUUCGCUACUGCACGUCUGCGCUCGGGUUGAUAUCAAUUCACCGCCACUCCUCCUGCAGGCCAUUGACACGAUCUGCUUGGCCCAUUUGGCAGGACGGUCGCAAGAAUCUCGGACAAUCUACGCCGCGUCUCUUUCGCGAGGACGGCUGCUGGCCACGCUACGAUCAGCCGUGCUGGCCUAUCAGCCAUCUCGACCCCUACCCAUUCGUGGCCCCCGUGCGCCACCUAGCAAUGCGCAAAGUAUCAUGAUGGCCAUUGUGUUGAUGAGCAUCACGCCAUCCUUGCCGGGCGAAUCCACACAGCGCCAAUCCACCGUGCAUCUUCAGGGCAUGCUGCAGUUCCUCAUCAAGUACGGACCCUCGUUCCUCACGGGCCACCCGGAGGUCGACACAGCCCUGAUUCGACAACUUCAGAUUCAAGGCAACGUCCUCGGAAUCGCCCGCCGCAGAAGCGUGGAAUAUCAGAAUCCAGAGUGGGCGCGCGUGCCGCGUGUUUUUAUGCAGGAAGACCAAGCAAUCUAUCGCGAAACAGGCUACCUCGCCAGCGACAACGUUACCACUUCUCGUUGGCGCCAGCCUACUUCAGUUGCCGCACCAUCCACAGUCGAUCGUAACCUAGUCAGGGAUUUGAUUGUGCCGACCCCUAAGCUGCUGGAGUCUGCCGACAACUUCUCCAAAGGACACGGACCUCAUUCUAAGCAUGCUCUUGAUGCCAUGUCCUCCGAAAUCCGUCGUGCUCACGACGUUCCAGCGUUCAGUGUAGAGCCAUCGUUCCGAGACGCCGAGAGGCUAUCCCACGGCCCGGCGGUCAACUGUCUGAAUAUCGACGAGUUCGAUACGAACAUUGAAGAGCAUGUCUAUCUCUUCAUUGCCCCGACAAUCAUCACUGAGCACUAUCGUUUCACCUCGCCCAAGUACAGCUAUCCUAGCAUGGCUUUACGCUUUGCUAGCAUUCUCACCGACUGCGCCAUCCUUCAAGUCAUCCGGUGCGGCGUAGAGCGCGACGGACUUGCGCCAGAUUGGGCAGGAGUCGAUGGGAAGGAAGUGGAGCGACGAGCUCGGCGGAUUGCGCUUCAGAUCUGCCAGCAUGUUCACUACAAGAGCCAACGAGCGACGCUCACGGCUGCACGAUUCCUCCGCGCCUACAUCACCGCAGCCAAGAAUUUGUUCGAGUCUGCGGAAGCGGAGGAGGAAUUGGAGUGGUGUAAGGGCUGUCUGGUGGCGACCUCAGCACGCAUCACACGCCUCGCAAUGGCCUCCAAUGCCUCUUCGAUCUGUCCCAUGACCGAGACGUACGAAUUGAUGGCUGAGGGCUGUCGGUAUGUGAGGCGCGGUUUUUGAAGCACGCCUGCAUCUCGAAACAUUGCGACAAGAGGAUGCAGGUCCAAGGGAUUUCCGAUGCAAACUAC